GUGUUCAGUGUUUUAUCUCAGUUCUGUCAGUCAGUGUCACCAGAAGUUUAAUAAUGGAGAUGAUUGACCUAGAUGAUUCUGAUGAUGAGGUUAUAUUUGUUAGCCCAAGGCAAAAGAAAACAGCUUCUCGGGGGCGAGGCAGGGGCAGAAAGAAAACUUCUACCUCAUCCAGAGCACCAACAGUGAGGUCAUCUAGGAAAAAAUUAGUUCCUGAAACCUCUCCUUCAGAUGAAGUUACAAAUGUGCCAUGUUUGGAAACCUCAGACUGUUCAAUAUCAGAUAGCCCCAUUCAAAAUGAGACUGUAAACACUGAAAAAGUUGAUCCUUCCAGCCCACCAGAAAAAGUGAGGAAAAUAGCCUGCAGGGGAUUGGCCAGAAAAAAUGUGACACUGCACGAUUCAGAAGAGAAGCCAAAACACAAUGUGUCAGUGUACUCGGCCCUAGUCCCCCAGAGAUUCGAAGACAUUUUCAUGCCCAUAGCUAAAGACAGCAAAAGCAUAGAGUCAAGUAAAGAGCCUGUAAACACAGUUAAUAGUCGUGAAGUUAGCCGGAAAGCAAAGACUAAAGAACAGUUAUUAAAUGAAGAUGAUGAUGAGAUUCAUACAGUUCCAGAAUGUAAAGCAUUAAACAUAGAUGUGAGUGACGAUUCAUUAAUGAAAUCGAUGGAUGAAUCCAUAGAAGUCCGGUCUCCUACACCUCCCCCUAGUAUCCAACAAAAAAAGAGCAAACGGCUGAACAAAAAAUUAACAGGGGCCCUGCAGGUGCUGGAUAAGGCUAAUAAAAAGCUUGGGCUGUCCCCUAACACGCCAAAGAAGAAAAGGGAUAGUGAUGUCAUUUUAGUGUAUGAAGAAACAAAUACAGAUAUGGCAGUUAAAGUGCGCUACCUCUCCACUGUUUAUAGAAUACAAAUGAAAAUGACAGAAAAGUUCCAUGGUCUGACUAGCAAGUUGAGUGCUUUGAUAGGGGAGGACGCGAACAAUUUGGUGCUGUACCUGCAUGAGAAAGGCUUGCAGCUGUCAGAGACGCCUCGGUCAGUCAACUUGUCAGUGGCAGAUAUACUAGAAUGUCACUGUAUCAACUCGCAGCUUGAAGAUGAGACAGACUCGAUCAAUUUAGUCCUCCAGUGUAAGAACACAAAAUCCAGAACAGUCAUCUUAGCCAGUCAGCGACGACCAUUAAAAGAAGUGAUAGAAAAAUAUGCUGCAAUGAUGAACGUCAAGUCCAGCGCCCUGUCGUUUUGUUUUGACGGUGACGUCAUUGACCCCAUGGACACACCCAGCAAGCUGGACAUGGAAGAUGACGAUGUCAUUGAUGUCACUGAAGUCUCACCGCAUGUCAAGUUGAAGAAAUAAAAUUUUGGGGGAAGUUA